GAAAAGCCAAACUCGUGUUACAUCCUGCAGGGUAUGAGUAAUAAUUAUACUGUGAUUCUCAAACGGUAAAGUACGUUUGACAUGUAUUAAGUUGUAAUUAUUUAAUAUAAUGUUUAUUUACUUGCGUUUAACUGUAUUCUGCUUCUUAUGCACAAUAUCUAGUUCUUUAUGUGAUAUAUGUGUCACAUGCUCAUGUUCAACUACAUUAGAUGGAUUGCCAAUAAUUGAUUGUCACGAAAGAGAUUUGGAAAGAAAUGAUAUGCUUAUUUCGGAACUGUUAAUGUUAGAUGAAAAUAAAGUGAACAACAAACUUAUAUUGUCUAAGAACCAAAUAAUCAACUUAUCUCCUCAUUUAUUGAAAAAAUUGAGACUUUUAAAGAGCAUUGAUUUAUCUGAAAAUUUUAUGAAACAAAUAUACAUAAUAUUAUAUACGAACUUGAAUAGUCUUGAAGAUUUAAAUCUUUCUAAAAAUGCAAUAACAACAUUUGAUGACUUGUUACUCAGAGAAGUUCCUUCAUUGCUAACAUUAAAUUUGAGUUAUAAUCAGAUUGACACAAUACAGCAUACAAUAGGCGAAACUAUAACCAACAUUAACUCCUUAGAUCUUUCGCAUAAUAAUAUAUCCAAUUUUCCUAACAAGUUUUUUGAUUCGUUAACAAAUUUACAAUAUCUGGACCUUUCAUUUAACAGAAUCAAUUCCUUAGAAGAGUAUGGUUUAACGCAUCUGAAUUCUCUGAAAACAGUUUACAUAAACAACAAUUUUCUUACUUCCUUACAUAUGAAAAUGUUUCCAAAGUCUUUACUCAACCUGUACUCUGGAUAUAAUCUAAUAACAGAAAUAUUUUAUGAACCAUCUGAAAUCGAAGUACUGAACAUAGAGUAUAAUCGACUCUUUAAAAUACGCUCAAAUGCGAUAGCAUUGAAACACUUAAAACACUUAAAUGUUAGUGGAAACAUAUUAUCAGACUUUCCAAACAUUUUAUGUGAGAAUUUGAAAACUUUAGAUAUAUCUUGUAAUAACUUAUCCUCUAUUCCCGAAACAUUGUCCACUUCAAAUUUUCCAUUGUUGGCUACACUUAAUGUUAGUAAAAAUCCUAUUCGAAACUUAAUGUUUCGCUCUGAAUUAAACUUACAAUUAUUUGUUGCAUCUAAUAUAAGUAUAUUGGAAACUAUCGAUAAAGCUACAUUUGCAAAAUUAAGAGCACCAGCAAAGGAGUGUAUCAAUCUUAUUAUAUCUAAUAAUAAAGGUUUAUCUUUAAUUCAUGAAGAAGCUUUCAAACACAUGAAUUUAUGUUCUUUGGAUAUAAGCAAUAAUCAAAUUGCCUACAUCGCACAAAAAUUAGUUCCAUGUAAUACUAAUUCCGUAACGUGCAAUGUUAAUUUGCAAGGAAAUCCGCUUAAAUGUAAUUGUUCUUUACAAUGGAUACUGGAUGACAUGAUGCCAAAACUUUAUCAUACGCAACUUAAUCUUUUAGAUAAUUUGAGGUGUGCUUGGCCUCCGCAAAUAUCAAAGACGAGAAUGUUGCAUUGGUAUGGAUGGAAAGAUCGAGUUUUUUGUACUAAAAUGUUAGAUUUUAAUGAAAAGAUGAAGAUUGAUGCUACAAUAAGUCAAAAUGGAGUGAUAACAUUCAAUUCUACUCCUGGUUUGCUUGCAGUUUUAGGAGUAGCUAUAGUUGUAUUCUCAAUUCUAAUAAUAGUAGGUAUCAUUUGGACGCAAAGGUUACAUAUAAAAAGGAGAAGAGUCAAUAGAAAAUUUUGA